CAGCCGCCACUCUGACAGACAGCAUUGCUAGUGUUGAGUCAGGGAGUACAGUAUAGUGCAGAGUGUGGCAGAACGACGUUCCCCCACACACUGUAGUGUUCAACAACUCACUGGGCGCUGGCCGUGCGAGUCUCCUUAUCACAACGCCAUGACCACCACCUACAGGAAGGAACCAAACUUUCAACAACCCCUCGUGAGGGACAUCAAGUACAACGACUACGACGUGGAAAGCGGCAUGAGCAAGAGGGUGAACUGUCUGGUGGGAUUCACUGUGGUGUCAAUCAUCAUAGGUGCCGCUGGCCUCGCCCUCUCCAUCAUGCUCCUUCUGCAGGGGUCGCUGCUGUCAACCAAGGAGGGGGUGGACGUAGCAACCUUACAGCAACGGGUGAAACUCCUCGAGCGUCUGAGUGGCAUUCCUGACCCUACCAAGAGCGUUAUUGACAUCUCUCCCGCCGGGGAAGACGGGGAAUCGUCGGCGGAGAACCCGCUAUUAAGGGGCAUCCUGCCUGAAAACUUGAAGCCUCCCGCAGGUGAAGUGGACCAUGACUCAACGAUCAACGAGGACAAACCAGACGACGGCCACGACCACUCCAACCAUCACAACCACCUCGACCACCACGUCCAGCCUCACCCAGAAGACGGUGACAACAACAAACAAAAGGGACUUGAGGGAGGUGACUUGGAGGACCCGGUCCCCUACAACCCUCACAACGAUGACGACGAGGACAGUGACAGGGAGGGUUCCGGGGACUGCCCUGUCUAUUCCCGCCCAGCCUGCCCCAGAGGAAUUAGCAUAUGUGAAAGCAAUGACGCGUGUCCCAUUCCUAUAUGCUGUAAGCCCGACAACAACUAACACAUCAUCACCUACACCAGCUAUAUCGUGUUGGUAGUUAGUUGUGCGUCGCUUACAGGAGAGUGGUCCUAUUAGACACUGCUCCUCUACCCAUUAUCUAGUCUAAUUUGAAAACACAAUUCACAGUACAGUAUAUGAAUGAGUGCUCUUUUUGUGGUUCAGUGAAGGACUGUAUUAUACCGUAUAUAUAUGCAUUCAACAUGAUUAUAAAAGGUACAUUUUA